AUGAUGACCAAACCGUUUGGGAAGAGUGGGGACAUGAGUGAGCUGGUGAGCUCCCUCGGCUGGCUGGAGGACGAUGGCAGCUCACAGGAUGGAGAUGAAAGCCCAGACAUGAGGGGUCGCCACGGCCUGACCGUAGGGGGCCGCAUGCACUCCUGCGGAGAACUGGGUAGUGAGGACAUGGAGGAAGAAGAGGAGGAGGAUGAUGAGGAGGAGAUUGGACCAAAUGGAGAACAGGCUCCUAAAAGGAGAGGUCCUAAGAAGAAGAAGAUGACCAAAGCUAGACAGGAGCGGUUUCGUGCCCGGCGGAUCAAGGCCAACGCCAGAGAACGCUCUCGUAUGCACGGCCUGAACGAUGCUCUGGAUAAUCUGCGCAGAGUGAUGCCCUGCUACUCCAAGACACAGAAGCUGUCAAAGAUUGAGACUCUACGACUGGCCCGCAAUUACAUCUGGGCUCUGUCGGAGGUGCUUGAGAGCGGCCAGUCCACAGAGAGCCAUGGGUUUGUGGAGAUGCUGUGUAAAGGCCUGUCUCAGCCCACCAGUAACCUUGUGGCUGGCUGCCUGCAGCUGGGACCUUCUCCAAUGAUUCUUAACAAGCUGGACGAAAAGUGUGGAGGCCCGGGGGUGGGAGGUGUGAUGGCUGGCCAUCCCCUCAGCUACCCAUCCCCAGGCCUUCCCAGCCCACCCUACGGCUCCCUGGAGGCAUCCCACCUCCUUCAUAUGAAGGGAUUCAAGGGGCCUGCAUAUGACAACCCCUCCCCUAACGAGUGCAGCAGCGGCACCCCGCCGUACGACGGGCCACUGACUCCCCCCCUCAGCAUCAGUGGCAACUUUGCCCUGAAGCAGGAGCCUUCUCCCCAUGAGUCAGAGAGGAACUACACACCCCACACCAGCCACCAUGCCCACUACCUCUCGUCCCACCAUUACCCCGCUUCCACGACUGGCAGCCUUCCGGGGGGGCCUCAGGGCCACCCUCUCUUUCAGCCUUCUCGUUACGAGCUGCCCCUAGAUGUGGCCUUUGACUCCUUCGCUCCCUCUCACCUGGUCGCCUCUCAGAUGGGCACCAUCUGA